AUUACACUUUAUUGUAGAGUUUGUGUGUAUGGCUUUCAUGGAUCAUGUUUCUGAUCAACUGAUGUUUGGUCACCUCUCUUGCAAGUUAAAAUCUAUAAUUUUAUGUUCAGCUGUAUUAAUCUCUUGCUAAAAUGUAACUGUAUUUCAGUAUUGUGUGUAUAUUUUGUUACAUGCAUCAAAAGUUAAAACCAAGAUUUUUAUGUAUCAAAAAUGGGGCACAGGGAAUGUGUCCAAAGUUCAGCUUCACUAAAAUCCAGGUUAUCAGAUUGCCUCCUAGAUUCCAAUUGACAGGGUAUUUUUCACUUUCUCUUCUGAAGACUAAUUGAAUGAGCAUGAGACUGGAGCUCAAGAACACUUUCAUUUGAAUCCCAGCUUUGCCACUGGUUUGCUGUGUGGCCUAGGACAAAUCAUUUAACCUGUGUCUCAUUUUCUCCAUAAAUAAAACAGGAAUAAUAAUCUAUUCUACCUGUCCCACAUCAGCAUAGGAUCUGAGCCCCAUAAUACUGAUCUGGCUCACAAGGGAGCUGGGAAGAUUAUGUUAUUGUAGUGCUUUGGAGAUGUAAAGUGAUGUAUAACUUAGGUAUGUUAUUGUUGCUGGGUAGUGUUGAUAGCACAGAAUGGCUCCCCAUUGAGAUCUGAGCCAUGGGUGCAUUUCCAUGCUGAGUGGAUGAUCCCCCUGCAUACAGAUAAUAAAAUCCUUUUAGGAUCCAAACUGUAAGCUAUAGGUAAGUUAUUAAUUUAUUAUACUAACAACAGCUGGGCAAACCACUGGCAGUUAACAUUCAUUCUUGUGAAAAGUCUGGACUUAGGCUGAACUGCCCACAUCCUCUUCCUUGGAAGAUCAGCAGCCUCUGGAAGAGAAGUGUCCAACUCUGGGCAGGAGUCGAAGGGUACAGUGACUGUAUCCACUUUCCAGGGUUCUCACAGCUCCUGGUCUGGGAGUGCUGCUCUCCCAUGUAAGGACUUGGCAUCGUCAGAGCAAAGGCAUGAGGACACGCCAGCAAGCUCAGCUGUGUGGGUGACAUUGUCUACACCCAAAUACCUGGAAAUAGUGCUUAGAUAACAGGCAGUGGUUGGUGCUAUUUCAAAAUCUAAGACAGGUCAGAUAGAGAUAUUCACAUAAUAGACUUUUUUUAAAAGUGAGUUUGCUUUAUUUCAUUUUGGAUGAAAACAUUCCUAAAUACCUCUACAAACUGAGGGGCAAUCUGCCUUGCUGCACCAGCAUCCCAAUGAUUUCUGAUAUGGUUGGGGUGCCAAAACUUGUAAGUUAAAGCAAACCCUGCUCUUUUUCCAGUGCUCUGUUUGCAUCAACUCUUUAUUCUUGCCACUCUUUGCUCAAACCAUCCAACUGGCUUGUGUGUGUGUGUACACACACAGACACAAGCCUGUACACACACACCAGCCAAUGGCCUGCAUCCCUCAAUAUCAAAAAUAUGUAUUUAAGGGAUUUUAAAACAGCACUAUGGUAAAAUACCACUUACAUUCCAAAAGGACUUGAUCAAACUGACAUCAGGAAACCAACUUCUGUUAAAUCCAUGUAUUCUGCUCAUGUCACUUUGGCGGAUGGGAGGGAAAGAAACACAAAAAGCCGAUAUCCUGAGCACCUGCCUUACUUCCCAGGUUAUUCCAACAACACCUUUACAGACAGAAAACUGGGGCAAGGUUUCUUUCCUCGCUCACUCUCUUGUAUGUUUCAUUUUGCUUGUCAGUGUCUCUGGUGCACAUCAGGGAGCUCAGCAACAACGCACCUCUUGGGGUACAGCGCCCCCCAACCCAGUCCCAGACCCAUGCAGUGGAAAGGAGUCCAGGGGCACAUUGAUGAGCUGCCUCGACCAGCCUCUGCCCCCCGCUCCGCUCAUUCUACUGGAGCCGGAGCUUGCUGCCACCUGCCUGCCCUGCCCACCUGUGAGCGAGAGAGGCGAGAACCAGCGCAAGGGUUGGCACGUGUUCGGGGCGGGGGGGGGGCGAUUGAAAUCCCUGCCGAUUUUGCCUAAUCUCAGGCAGCAGCAGCCCUGGGAGCCUUAGCACUGGAAAAGUGACAGCGAGCAGCGAAGCUCCCCCCUGGCUGCGCUGCUGACGUCUCUCCUUCCUCUUCUUCUUUCCCUAUAAAGAAUCCCAGGCUCACAUCAAACAUCCCAGCAAAAGCAGAUCAGACUGGGAGGGGUGGUGGAGAGAGAGAGAGAAAUAGCUAAACUGGGAUCUGCCCCGACACAAACCCCACUCCUUGCAAGAAGCCGAACCGGUCGCCUGCUUCUGGGUUUGUAAUUCCCCCACCAGCAUGUAGCAGAGAUAUCCUGGGCUCGUAUCAGCUGCUGGGACGCAGGCGUUUUUGUUUUGUUAUUUCCCCCCCCCCCCCUCCUGCCUCGCAAGCCUGAGAAAGUUUAAAGGCUUCUCCCUCCAGAUCCCUGCAGCACCUGCACCUCCCUGGAGAAACACCCUCAGCGGAGGCUCUUGGUGACAGACACCUUAAACAGAACCCAGCCCAAGGGAGGAGAGCGGCUCGGAAGCAGCAGAAGAAACUUUGUAGCAAAACUUUUUGUUGCUGCCACUUUGCUUUGUUAUCCCCUUUGGUCAGUUGUAUAACAUCUGCUCUUCUCACUGAUCUCUCUACUUUUCAUCUGAUUUAGAAAAAAAGGGGGGGGAACCCCAAAACAAAAGAAACAAACAAACAAAACCCCCAGAUCAUCCCAUGAGUUGGGGGAGGGGAGGACAAGGAAUAAAGUUAUUCUGAAAAAAAAAAAACAUUUGGCCGUCAAGAAGAGAGGGAGGCAAACAAAAUCUGUAGCAAAGGGGGGAAGCCGUGAAUGGAAAGCUCAGUUUCACUGGAAUCAACAAGUGAGAACUUCUGGACGCCUUGUUCUUUCCCCCUCCCCGCCCUUACCCAGCCUGAAGGCUUUGAAACUUGGUGCUGGAAAGAAAUUGACCCUAUUGACAGAUCUCCCUCCUUGCACGUUUAUAAAGGCUAUACUCCUAAUUCACAUCUGCACCAGACAUGACUCCAAAGCACUGCACCGCCCUGGCUGUUUCUGUGCUUCACGGACUGCUUUGGCUACAAGGUCUUGCUCUGGAAGAAAUGCUACUGAAACCAGAGUUAAGCAUUACAGAAGAUCAAAUUGUAAUCAAUGCAGGAGAUUUCUUCACCAUAACAUGCAGGGGAGCAGCCUCCUUGACCUGGCUAUGGGGAAAUGAACCACACAAAGACAUGCCACACAGAUGGCACAUAUCUGAGCACCAGUGUUCAGACGAUGUCCAGCAGAUCUGCAGCAGGCUCACAAUCAACAAAACCAUAGCCAGCGAUACAGGUUACUUCACCUGUGUUUAUAAUCACCUCCUUUCUAACAAGGACCUCAUGGCCAAGAUGUACGUGUUCGUUACAGACAACCAGAAUCCAUUUGUUCAGAUUCACUCUGAAUAUCCCGAAGUGAUAUAUGUAUUGAAUACUACUGAAGAGGUUGUCAUACCCUGCCGUGUCACCUCACCAGAUAUCAAACCCAAGCUUCAACAGGCUCCUUCUUCUUCAGAGUUCAGCUACUGGAGGAUGGUGUGGGACCCCAAGAGAGGAUUUGUCAUCCCCUUUCCUCCUUUCCACUUCUUCAAAGGCAUACUCAAGUGUACAACCAAAGUAAACGGAACUGAGUCCUCAUCCUACUACAUGCCACAGAAAGUGGAGGGCAGAAUAAAGAACCUGGCUCUGAAAGCAAACCCCAGAAAGCUGCUGGUUGGAGAUACUCUCAGCCUGGAAUGCAGUGCAGAGACCUUUUUCAAUGGACGGAUUGAAUUUGAAUGGCAGUGCCCUGGGGGGAGAGAUCAUAAGCCAAUACCAUUUUUGAACAAAAGUCAGCCAGUGUAUAAAGGCUUCAGUAAUCUGACCAUCCAGAACAUUACCAUGGAAGACAGUGGCUUGUACAUAUGCAGAGUAAUCAACGUAACAGGACUGGAGACCAAUGUAAUGGGACUGAAGGCCAAUAUUACAAUCACAGUAUACAACAAAGCUUUCCUGAGAGUUUCCUAUAAGAAAGGACCCUACUACGAGGGGGUAGCAGGACACAAGUUACUGAAACUAGCUGUGAAGGUGGAUGCCUUUCCCCGCCCCAGUGUUACCUGGUAUAAAGAUGGCAAGCUAAUCAAGGAGAAACACAGUUGCUAUGUACCAGAUUCAAUGAAGUACAAGCUGGGCAUAAGGGAUUUGAGACCAGAGCAUGCUGGGAACUACACCAUAGUCCUGAGCAACACUAAACAUGGCCUACAUGAGAACCUCACCAUCCAGCUGGUAGUGACAGAGAGGCCCAAAAUCUAUGAAAAGGAGACAGACUUUGACAAGGUCGCACAAGUGAAUCUUGGAAACACACAAAGCCUUCAGUGCACUGCAAGCGGAAAUCCGGACCCCAAAAUCGUGUGGGAAUGGGAGCCAUGCGCCCCUGCAGACAUGCUCUGCAGACACCGUGGAAAAAGAAUUGUUGUUCAGAAAAACAUCAAUGAGGCAGACAUGUGGACAGGCAACAAAAUUGAGAGCAUUGAGGAGAAAUACAUAAUGCAUGGAGAUAAAAAAAAGAUCAUAAGCAAGUUGACAACAGAACAUAGCAAUGCAUCAGGGAUCUAUUACUGUGUGGCUUCAAACAAGAUUGGUAAAGAGGAGAGAAGCACCAAGUUCUAUGUCUCAGACGUGAAAUUGGGUCUGCAGACGGACCGAUCGAUCACCACCAUUGUGGGGAGUGAUGUUCAGCUGACCUGCAGAGCCUCCAGAUACAUUUACGAUCACCUGGCGUGGUACUACCCCUCCUCACAGGUGGUGCCCGCCAGCUUCACACAGGAGCAAAUUGAAAGAUACUCCAUUUCCUUGACACUGGCCAUUAGUAAUGUCACAAAGGAACACGCCGGGCGGUACAAGUGCAGUGCUCAGAAUCGACACAACAGAACGGAAGUGCAAGAACAGCACACCCAGCUCAAUGUUAAAGCAAAAGCAGUGCCAUAUAUUAUGCAGAACCUCACAGACCGGGAGGUUAAUAUCAGUGGCAAGAUCAUGCUGGAGUGCAAAGUAAAUGGAACCCCAACGCCUCAUAUUGCGUGGCGGAAAAAUGGCUAUCCCAUUUCACCUGCUUCAGGUAUUUCCAUGGAAAAUAACACCCUGGUCAUCGAACGAGUGAAAAAAGAUGAUGAAGGCCUCUAUGAGUGUAGGGCUUCCAAUGAAAUGGGCAAUGACAGCACAUCAGCAUUUAUUAAAAUACAAGGAUCUGAAGAAAAGUCCAAUAUUGAAGUUAUCAUUUUGGUCUGCACUGGUCUAGCAGCUACCCUUUUUUGGCUUCUUCUGACCCUUUUCAUUCGGAAACUGAGAAAACCAGAUGCCACAGAUAUUAAAACAGGAUACCUGUCAAUCAUAAUGGAUCCAGAGGAAAUGCCCCUUGACGAACAGUGUGACCGUCUGCCAUAUGACAGCAGUAAAUGGGAGUUCCCAAGAGACAGGCUGCGGCUUGGUAAAACACUGGGUCAUGGUGCUUUUGGGAAGGUCGUGGAAGCAUCUGCUUUUGGUAUUGAUAAAUCUUCAACCUGCAAAACAGUUGCAGUUAAAAUGCUUAAAGCAGAAUGCGCAACUACAAAUGAGUGCAAGGCUUUAAUGUCCGAGCUGAAGAUCCUCAUCCACAUAGGACACCAUCUGAACGUGGUCAACCUGCUGGGAGCCUGCACCAAAGCAGGAGGUCCUUUGAUGGUUAUCGUAGAAUAUUGCAAAUAUGGAAAUCUGUCUAAUUACCUGAGAGGAAAACGAGGGGACUUUGUUGCAUAUAAGUCCCAGGAGAACUCUGACCAAGCAGAGAAAAGUCUGGAUGAGUCCAACAGUGAUUUAACGGAGCUGAUCAAGAGGCGCCUUGAGAGUGUGGCCAGCACAGGAAGCUCAGCCAGUUCAGGAUUCAUUGAAGAUAAGAGUUACAGUGACUCCGAAGAGGAAGAAGAAGAUGGUGAGGAUCUGCAAAAGCGACCCCUGACCUUGGAGGAUCUGAUUUGCUAUAGCUUCCAGGUGGCAAAAGGCAUGGAGUUCCUGGCCUCCAGAAAAUGUAUUCAUCGGGAUUUGGCAGCAAGGAACAUCCUUCUGUCGGAAAACAACGUGGUUAAGAUCUGUGACUUUGGACUGGCUAGGGAUAUUUACAAAGAUCCUGACUAUGUACGAAAAGGAGAUGCAAGACUUCCACUUAAAUGGAUGGCUCCAGAGGCUAUUUUUGAUAAAAUUUAUACUACGCAGAGUGACGUGUGGUCUUUUGGAGUGUUACUAUGGGAAAUAUUUUCUCUGGGUGCCUCACCAUACCCAGGAGUGCAAAUUGAUGAGGACUUUUGCCGCCGCCUCAAAGAAGGAACACGGAUGAGAUCACCAGAAUAUUCCACUCCAGAAAUCUACCAGACUAUGCUGGAUUGUUGGCAUGGAGUUGCCACAGAGCGGCCUACCUUCACAGAGCUGGUUGAACGCUUAGGAGACCUCCUCCAGGCAAACGUGCAACAGGAUGGUAAAGACUAUAUUCCACUGAACAUCACAUUAUGCCCUGAUGGAGAAUCUAACCCAAAGACCUGCCCAGUGGAAGAAAACUUGAGCAAUUGCAUUAAUCGCUGGAGUGCACUGGGAAUAGGUAAUAACAGUAAGAAGAGACCACUGAGUGUGAAGACAUUUGAUGAGGUGCCAGUGGAGAAGCAGAAAGUAAUGAAUGAGGAGAGCGAGUCGGAUAGCGGGAUGGUGCUGACAUCGGAUGAGAUGAAAAGCCUGAAGAGGCUGGAAAUCCGCUCCUGGCCUUAUGGGAUUAUGGCUCUAGCGCAGAGAGCUGUCAGCAAGAGCAAAGAAUCCAUGUUAUCAGAGCAUGAGAUUGUGAAAUACCAGCCAGCAGUACAGACUGAUGAGGACACCAUGGACUUCACACUGGAAGACUCAGUCCUCCUGCCCAUGGAUCCAAACCUGGAAUGCCACAGCCCACCCCCCGACUACAACUCUGUCAUCCACUAUUCUGCCCCUCCAGUGUAAUCAGCCCAGUUCCAUCUUUGCGCCUCUUUCAACAAUGCUGGAUUCUCAUAUGCCUCCAUCAUUUGUACAGGCUCUUUAAAAGGACUAGGGUAAAAAGAGGAGAAGGAAACUGACAAUGUCCUUGAUAUGAAUGGAAACCCUUAAAGAGCAGCUACUUUAAAGGUAUAUUUCAGCUUAUCUAGUUAACAGACCAGAAUCAAAAAUAGGAGCUGCAGCCCAAAAGUGUCCCCACUCCUUACUCCCCACACGGGGACUGUUCAGUGGCAAUUGCAGACAUGCAAGGUAUUUCAAUCCCUUUUUGCUCAUUCCAUACAAGUCACUGAGGGUCAAAUCAAGUCAGGUGUGGAAACAGUAUUGAUUCUGCUGGCCACAUGUAGACCCUGCAAAGAUUAUACGCUCAGAUGCUGUCAGGGGAGCAGUUAAGAACUGCAGCCCCAAACACUGAUAUGUGGAUUUUGAAACCAUACAUUAUUUUAAAAACAUGGGGAUCUCUUUGUCCCUCCCAAAAUGUAUUUGAAAUAUCCAAAUUGUUUUGCUUAUGGUUGGUAUUCUAACGGUGUUUGUACAUCCUCUGGGAUCCGUCCUUAAAACCAUACAACAUACACAGAUCAUGAGCACUCUGAGUACCCGUAGAAAACCUGGAUUUGGUUGUAUUCUGGGCACACUACAGAGCUCAUCUAUUUCCCCAGGUUUUUCCUUUGUGGGAACAACAAUUUAUUUUAGUGCAUUAUUUUAUAAUGAUUGUUCAGCACCCUAGGUCUUUGGAUAGGGACUUUAUAAAUUUAGAUAAAUAAAUUUUCCCGUGUGUGUGCGUGUGCGCACUCAGUGCAGGCCAUACACCACUGGGACACAAACACUUUAACACAAUUUUUCUGUUUAGCUUCUGGACACAUUUUUAAAGAAAGCACUUCCCCUAGAUUCCACUGCUGAUGCCAAACACAGUUUGAUUUUUGGAAUAGCAACCUGUACCACACCAGGAGCAAUCUGACAUUUAGGUUCAUACUGCUGGGGCCCAUGCAGGCUGACCACCUUGCUAGUGUGGUGUGUAAGUGGGUACAUGAAAACUUUUCACAGUCUGCUUAUCCAGGCCUGGCUGAAUCCCAGAUCUACACAGCUGAGAAAUUCAAAGUGACCUGCCCCUCACCCCCCACAUGCUAUGUGCAGCAGGGGGGUUGUAGGUUUGCCAGCAUGCACACCCAUGUCCUCCUUUCAGCAACCUCACAAGUAAGCAAGUAAUCCUUGUAAUUUAAUGCACUGUGAAGUAAUCUCAGCUGACAUUAGAAAUUUAGGCAGGAGUAAAGCAACUAGGAUCUCAAGUCUAAAGCAAGGCUGAGAAAGAUUCUCAUUGACAGUCAAGCCUGUAAGCUCCUAAAUUAUAACCUGGGAAAAGGAGUUUUACAUUAAUUUUCUCCCUGGGGAUUUUUCCAAGGCCUAGGAAACCCCUCCAUUCCUUCCUAGGUCUGGAACUAGCAAUUACCUCUUUCCUUCAGAGGACAGAUCUUUUUAAAUGAUCACAAACUGAAAGAAGAAAAGGCACCUGGCAAACAAUGUGAUCAUCUUUCCCUAAAUCCUCCAGCAUAAUGAAAACAGACCAAACACUCUCAGAACAUUAGAAUCAUUUUCAAAUUACUAGGUAGACCUGAUAACAUUGAAAUAAGCAUGAAAGAAAACUCUUAAGCGCCCUCUUAACUGUGAAUGGUAAAACAUUUGAAAUGGGGGGAUCCUCAGAUUGUAAUCCCUGUUUUCUUUAGUUCCUGAAUUAGUCUGGAAAAAGCAUGCAGGCUCCCAUUUGAAAAAAGGGAUCUGCAGUAAUUCACAAAGAUGAGUCUCUAGUAAACCCCUUGUUCCUAUUUGACCUGCUGGGAAGUUGUGGUCUGGAUUUGCUUUAUUGUCAUUUUUGCACUUCUUUGUAUUGUAGUAACUAUGUGUUAACUAGAGCUGGUCAAAUAAUGAGAGAAACCAAUUGGGGGAAUAAUUUAUCUAAAGAGAGUGACAAAAAGCUCCUUUGAUCAGUUGUUCAGUGAACAUUAAAUUGACCAUCUAUAGAGCUGGUAAAAUAAUAAGGCACUUCGUUUGCAGAUAAUUUAUUCACAAGACAAAUGGAAAAAAUGUCUCCAAUAUAUAACUCUGCUGGGUCUAGCAUUAACAGUGUCAAUGUGAGACAGCUUUUGCUGUUGUACCUUGCUCUUAAACUUGUGAAAAUUACAGUGUGUAAAAAACUUUUGCUUGCAAAAUCUAAAUGUAAGGAGGCCUAGGGAAAAAAAUAACAGUUGCAAGUAUAUAAAUGUGCUCUCCAUUUCUAAAAUAAAAUUGGAAACACUGCUGUGCUAAUUAACUGCUUCCAAGAAAACUCAGCAUCUUUUCCCAUCCCCUUUCUUCAGAACACAAUUUGCAGAGGCUUUUAUGAAACUAAAGUGAUGCAGGGGUUGUGUUCUAAGUGGAACCAAGGGAGUGCUUUUAUUUACGGGGCACCGCAUCUAGAGUCUUAUUAUGGCUUUUAGCCAACAUCCGUCACAGUUGUUUUUAUGUCACCUGAGAACACAGAAAUGCAGGCCUGUGCACUCUCCAUGAGAUCUGCAAAAUUAUACCCAUUUUAAUCACUGGUUCCAUGGAUGGGCCUCUAAAAACUGAGGACCUCUUUGUGAUUCAAGGAUCAGAAGGCAUCUAGAGCUAGCCAUGCCUCACGUCCAGUUCAUCGGAAACAGGACAACAACCCCUUAAUCCCUGUCUGUGGGUGGGAGAGUUUGGUUCCUUUAUGUCAGCCUCAACGCACUUAAGAAGUGUCCUGAACAAAACUGCAAAUGACCAAGAUUUGGACAAAUGUGUUUCCAACUUUUAUUUGAGUGGAAGUUUCUUUUCUUUUUCACGGUAAAUGCAACCAGCUGAACUAUUACCUGACAAGUAUUAUUCACGUAUGUGUCUUGUAUUUUAUUUACUAAUAUUUUGUUUGUCCUUUCCUCUCCUCCCUUAAUUUAAUUAUUGUUCUUUCCUUACAUUGGUGUAUAUAGUUUACCCAGUAGAGGCAAAUAUAACAAUUCCUCUAUAUGAUAUGUCUGUAACAUUUUAGUCAAGAGAGAGACGGAGAUCCCCUCAUGUAACGGAGUUAAGUAUCUUUACUAAACAUUUCACUAAUGCUUGCGGGCCAGGCUCGGUUAACAGUACCCUCCCAUUUCCAGUUUAUAGUGACUCUCCUUUUGGCUGUUAGCAUCUUUGGCUCUCCUUUAUUCCCUUUGUUACGUAGCUUCAGUUAGAAAACAGGGAUUGGGAGGAAUCUGGUGGGCUUGUAAUGCUCCUACAGGUAUCAGCUGUGCAGCUCAAGGUAAAGGGGAGGGAUUUUCACAGCUUCUAGUCUAACUCCGAGGCUGAUCUACUGAUAGGAGGAAGAGAGGAGGACAAAUUGCUAAGUGAUGUAACAUUUGAUUUUUCAGAUUUCUCAGGGAUUCCUGUUUGACUCCAGAGGGCAGUUGGCUGCCUGCCUUUCUAAUCUGAUUCAGUUUAACAACUGUUAUUAACCAGUGCAAACCUGUUGGGCUUUUUAUGGUGCUUUCCCCUUCUGUUUUUCCCUAGCAACCCCAAAGUAUCAGGCAAAGGGACUCUGAGCAUUCAGGGGCAAGAAUCUCCCCGAUGAACCCUGGGGCCAGAUAAGAGGCCAAAGAUAAGGUACCUCACUGGAGUCCAGACCCAUCUAAUUAUGUUUCCUGACAUCUAUAUUCCCUGGUUCCCCCUUUUCCUUACUCUCCAUUUAUCUUAACACUUAAUUCCAUGGAAAGUUCAGAUCAUGUAUAGCCUCCCUCCUGGCUUCUCCCAGUAGCUUCUUCUCUGCCUUUUGGCUAAGAUCAAAUGUACAACUGGUUUCAGUCUGAUAUUGCCCAGGUAUCCUGUAGUUGCUGGGGAUUGACUAGAUCAUCUAAACAGGUCUUUUUUUUCCCCACCUUUAACUUUAACCUUUUCCCAUCCUAAGACUUCCUACAUUGGCUAGAGUUGGGGACUGUGACUUUUUUAUCUCUAUCAGAAAUUGUCCAUGUAGCAUCUCCCUAAACAAAAUAUGUUUCUCCUCUUCUGGAUAUUUAAAUACCGAGCUUCUCCAGCAAGCUAAAAUUUGGUGAAUUUAUAGCUGAAGUCUAUCUGUCUCCCCUGUCUCUUUCAGACAUUUUGAUCACUCUUUGCCUCUUUCACUUUAUCUUAACCAGAUGGGGGGCCCAAACUCAGACACUGGAUCCAUCUCCCCCUCCCCUGAGUGCUAGGGUACCUCCAAUCAAAAUGAAAAUCUCAUGGUCUCAGGCCUUACUCUGUAGUAGGCUCAAAUGAGGACAUUAAAUCCUGUUAAAUUUGGAUCUGUAUUGAGAUCCAAAUCUAAAUGUCUCCAAACUCCACCGUUUGGAUCUCUCUCUAAUGUGAACACUGCUCUUUCUUGCAACUUUGUUGGGCAGUUGUCUGGAGUCCUUCAAAAGGCCAUGGCACUUUAUCACUUCUUCUCUGCCUUCUAUUUAUUGUGGAGAAUGUUCACUGGCACUUUACUCUGUAACCAGCUAGUCAAAAGCAUAAAACAUAAAUCUUCUCAAUAACAUUUCAUCUUCAGCAGUGGCACUGUCUUGUCACUUCCAUCUCGCCUGGGAAGUGUUAUCUGCUUUUAAUACAAUUACAAGGGUGUGGUCUUGAUUAAUGGGUUCUAGCUCCCAAGUCCCACUUGGGCAAUCCCAUGGAAUAAAAUGCUUCUGAUAAAACAUCAUCAGCAAAAUGUCCAUAACAAAAUACGAUGCUACAAAGCACUGGAUCUGUAGGAGAUCAUGCAAUUCUGAGCUCAAACAUAGGGCCUUCUUCUUAAAAUUAAUUGGAGGGAGAAAACAGGAGGAGAGGUAUGAAUUUCCCUUGUUCGACCUCAGCUCUGGUUUGUUUGUAUCAAGUGUUGUUUCCAUAUUGUGUAGAAGGACAAAAAGUCCCAGUUCCUGGCUGAACUGCAAGAGCUCACUGGCAUGCCAACCAAAUAUGAUGCCUUAAAAGAUAUGAUUAGUCACGAAGACUAGCAUGGAAUGCAGGAACCAAAUAGUGGCUUUGCCUGCCUGAUAAUCCUGUUUCACAAGAGCCAGCCCAGCCUUAUUAUUCAAUCCAUUUUUCCUUAGAUCUUGAGCUGUCAAAGCUGUUAAUGAAAGCUGGGAAAGCCCAAUAACUAUGGAGUUAAGGAAAAUAAACUAAGCAAGUGCCAUGGUAUUAUUCAAAUCACUACGGAAUGUCUGGGUGCCCUGUCCCUGUCUGGCUGAAGAAUGUAUGCACUGAAAACUCCGCUUUCUUACAUAUUCAGAAAUUGUAUUGUAUCUAUUAACCAAAAUAAAAUGAAAUAAAAUAAAAUAAAAUGAUUCUAUAUUUAUACAG